AUGGCAGAUGGUACCUACAGGUUCCAGCAGCCUGGGGCCGGGCAGUUCUUCUUUCAAACGCCACAGCAACAACAGCACGCUCGACACCUGGUCCGCAACGGGACGAAUUCCCCCACGGGCCGGUUAAAGUUUAGCCACGACACCCCUUCUCCCUCUCGCUCGCCCCCUCUCGCCCAGGCUGCUGCCCUCAACCCCUUCGCCAUGUACGGCCAGACGCACCAGGGCCAGCACGUCAUGAUGAAUGGCGGCCAGGCUCACCAGCGGUUUGGCAUGCAGAUGCCCAAAUUCCAAUCCCAGACGCACCACCCGCACCCGGCUCACCAAGCCCACCAUCACGCUCACCACAACCAGGCCUCCCACGCCAUCAACCACCAGCACAACUUUUCCAGCGGCGCCCUGGCCGCCGCCACCCCGCACUUCACCCCGGGUCACCUGCAGAACGGCGCCAACGUGGACGACGACCUGGACGACUCCAUGAACGAACACUGGCAACAGCAGCUGCAACUGGCCGCCGAGUCCCGACAGGCCAGCUCCCCGCACUACUAUGCCCGCGCCGUCGCCCAGCAGUCCAAGGGCAUCCAGAUUGCCCCCAGUCAGCCCGAGACCCAGGAGAACGGCGGGACCGGGCCGAAUGGUGUGGUCAAGGCGAAGCCGGCGCCCCGGCAGGGCUGGCGCGAGCUGGACCUGGGCGGACAGGGCCUGCGCGCCCUGGCCCCGCCCAUGUUCAACUAUGCCUUCCUGGAGAAACUGCACCUGAGCCACAACAAGCUGAAGGUGCUCUCGCCCAUGAUCGGACAGCUCCGCAAAUUGACCCACCUGGAUCUGUCCGGCAACGAGCUCACCGAGCUGCCCGAGGAGAUCGGCAUGCUCACCAGCCUGAAGCAACUCCACCUGUUUGACAACAGCAUCCGCACCCUGCCCUACGAGAUGGGGUACCUCUACCGCUUGGAAACCCUGGGGAUCGAGGGCAAUCCGCUCGACGACGCGUUGAAGUCUUUGAUCAUGAAGGAGGGCACUCGGUCGCUGAUCCGGUACCUGAAAGAGGAAAUGCCAGUUCAUCUGCCGCCGCCUGACCGCGACUGGGUCAUCUUGGAUGAUACCGCCAACGCCAGCACCGAGAAGAUCACCGUGCUCUCCUACAACACCCUCUGCGACUCCUCCGCCACCCAAUCGCACUAUGGGUACUCCCCGUCCCGGGUCUUAUCGUGGGAGUUCCGCCGCGAUCUCAUCCUCAACGAGCUGCGGUCGCACGAUUCAGAUAUCGUGUGUCUGCAGGAGAUCGACCAGCGGGGCUACAACAACUUCUUCCGGGAGCAACUCGCCUACAGCGACUACAAGGGCGUCUACUGGCCGCGCGGUCGAGCCAUGGGCAUGCAGGAGGAGGAUGCCAAGAACGUGGACGGCUGUGCCACCUUUUUCAAGGGCAGCAAAUUCAUCCUGCUCGACAAGCAGGUGAUCAACUUCGGCCAGACAGCGGUCCGCCGACCCGAUGCCAAGGGCCAGGAUGACAUCUACAACCGACUGUGGCAGAAGGAUCACAUCGCGGUGGUCGUCUUCCUUGAGAACCGGCUCACGGGCUCGCGCUUCAUCAUUGUCAACGCCCAUCUCUACUGGGACCCCGCCUUCAAGGACGUCAAGCUGAUCCAGACGGCCAUCCUGAUGGAGGAGCUGACCAAGCUCUCCGACACGUACUCCAAGUGGCCCGCUUGCACCGACAAGACGGCCUUCCGGUUCACCGAGGCCGAGGGCGAACGCCAGCCGCAGACCCCGCCCGAGCCCGCACCGUCCGUGGAGUACACCAACGGAGAUCAGAUCCCGCUUUUCAUGUGCGGCGACUUCAACUCGUCACCGGGCUCGGCGGCAUACAACCUGAUCCACAACGGACACCUCACUGAGGCACACCCGGACCUGGAGAAGCGGCUGUACGGCAACCUCAGCCGGAUCGGCAUGACGCACCCGUUCAAGCUGAAGUCGGCCUACGGGUCGAUCGGGGAGAUGAGCUUCACCAACUACACGCCCGACUUCAAGGACAUCCUGGACUACAUCUGGUACACGUCGAACACGCUGCACGUGUCGGCGUUGCUCGGUGAGGUCGACAAGGAUUACCUGCAGCGGGUGCCCGGGUUCCCCAACUACCACUUCCCCAGUGAUCACGUUGCAUUGUUCGCGGAGUUCUCGGUCAAAGGGAAGAAGGGCAAGGUGGUCGAGGCGGAUUUUGGACCGCAACGAAACUGA